AAAACACCUUUUUUUCACUCACCCUUUUGCGGUGGCGUCACGCGCACCCCUAUGUUCGCCCAUGGUGCGAACAUGCUGCGCGAUCAAGGUCACAGCUUGUAUCUUGAUCGUGGGCUUUUCAUACAAUUACCUCCUGGCGGAUUUCGCUCCAGCGUACCUAGGCCAUGUUUGGGCUCCACCAAUUGCCACUCGCGAGAUGGAGCAGGUGGAGGUGGCGAAAGUGACGCUUCCUGGCACUCCAACCAAGUCGGAGGUGGAGAAGGUGACACAGCCUGGCCAUGUUUGGCCAGUUGCCACUCCAACCGAGACGGACAGGGAGAAGGUGAGCGUGAAAAGCUCAGAUGUGGAGCCAAGCCGGAACUCCAGCUCUGAAUUUCAAGAGUUUCGGGACUUUUCCCUCCACCGCUGUCCCAAGCCGAGCCUUCAAUCCAAUUCCGGCUCUCGGACGAGAUCGAUCUCGGACACCGUGGUGGUCACUUUGCCGAAGCCGCACUGGCAUCACGUGGUGGCCACCCACGGCGACGAUCAUCCGACCAACGCCAUUCGAACGGAGAAGAUCUGGGAGGGGGGGCUCACCUUCUUGAUGACCUGGGCCCUGGAGGUGGGUUGUGGCCCCGAAUCUGAUUGCCUGGUGCUGGACAUUGGCAUGAACAUUGGAUGGUACACCGCCCUAGCCGCGUCCUUUCAGAAGAACGUGGUGGCCUUCGAACCCAAUCCUGCUCCGCUGGAGUUUGGCAAGAAGACCGUUGACUUGAACGGAUGGAGCUCCCACGUGCGGAUCGUGAACGCAGGGCUCUCACAGGACAAAGCCCCGUUCUAUGUGGACGCCACCUUGAGCAAGUCUGGCACCCGCUCAGCCAACCGCAAGGCAGACGCGAAAAGCGUGAAAGUGCCGUCCCAUCGCUUGGACGACCUCAUUGAUCCCGGCGCCGAAAUUUGCUUCUUAAAAGCGGACUGCCAGGGCUGUGAAGGAGAUGCGUUUCUCUCGGGCAGCCAACUGCUGGGAGCUGGCAACAUCAAGGUGGUGAUGUUGGAGUUUGAUCAUACAGAUCGAGCAAGACACGCCCUGUCCACCUUGCAAACGCUCUCUCCAAGACCUUUCCAUUGUUUGCUGAUUCCUGUCGGCCUGAGCUUUCAAGGAGAACAGAUCAACGAUCCGAGCAGCGCCAGUGUCCAAGAUCUUUGGGAUGCCGUAGUCGCCGGCGUUUUGGAAGACUGCAGCGCGAAGAAGAUUGACGAGCUUGCUCCGAGAAAGAUCCCUCCAGGUUACUACACGGAUCUGUGGCUGGUCAGACCCGACGUCUUGGCCAAGCUGCGGACGAGCGAUGGCUUCGUGGCGGCCGAGGCCCGGCGGAAGGCAGCGGCGAAGCAGAGCUGCAGCUAUCGAGAGGGUCGCACAGCUGUGGGGCAUUGCGAUUUGCUUUGCCUUUCUUUCCGCAGCUUGCGUGCAGCCCAGCUGGCGUGUGACGCCCGGCCAAGCUGCAAGAAGGUCCUUCGAUGGACAGAGACAAUGUUCGAACUUCGUGGUGGGCCCAAAGUUGGCGGCCAAGCCAAAGGCUAUUGGAAGGAAGGGUGCCAUGAGGAGUGAUUGACCCCGGAUCUAAGAGGUCCCCCAAUAGGGCCCUUUUGCGCUUUGUUUGGG